UGCCACUAUUGGUCAUGUUUAACCCACGGGGCGUGACGUCCUCGACGAACGAACCAAUCACGUGUCUCCAUGCCUUGUCCCCCCCUGCUCAACUUCCUGUUUUUCCGGCGCGACGAAUAUCUAUCUGAACGGAAUAAAAAAUAGUUUUAGUCGACGGUCGACUUCAUCGUCACUUUGACGGAGCGAGUUCGAUUUGUGAGCACGCAGUUUGAGGAGGACUCAUCAUGGGAGGGAUAAAACAGGAACAGAAUGAUGCUCCACAGCACCCAAAAGCCUCCCAGUCAACAACAGAACAUCCUCAAGAAGAGCCCAAGAAGAGAGGAUGGCCAAAGGGCAAGAAAAGAAAGAAGGUGCUUCCAAAUGGUCCAAAGGCACCGGUUACCGGCUAUGUCCGCUUUUUGAAUGAGCGACGGGAGGUCAUGAGGGCCCGAUAUCCUGACCUGCCUUUCCCGGAAAUCACCAAGCGACUUGGAGCAGAAUGGACUCGACUAGCACCAACCGACAAACAGCAUUACCUGGAAGAGGCGGAGCGCGAAAAGAUGCAGUAUGCUCAGGAACUGAAGGAAUAUCAUCAGACCGAGGCGUAUCAGAUCACCAGCGCCAAGAUACAAGACAAGAGAAUUAAGAAAGAGGACAAUCAGUCUGUAAUCAUCAGUGCAAGUUCAGGCUUGCCUAAGGCAUCCGAACUCCCAAGCAGGUUUGAGAUCCCAAUAUUCACAGAGGAGUUCCUGGAUCAGAACAAAGCUAGAGAGGCAGAGCUGCGCCGACUUCGUAAGGCAAAUAUUGAGUUUGAGGAGCAGAAUGCAGUGCUGCAGAGGCACAUCAAGGAUAUGUACAAUGCCAAAGAGCGCCUUGAGGCUGAACUGGGACAGGAUGAGAAGCGCACGCAGGCUCUUCAUCAGCACCUGCUGGCCAUUAAACACACUCUGGUCAACAGUCUGUCUUCUGUCCCGCUACCAGGCACAAGUGAGACGGCAUCCCUUGGAAAUUUGGACUCGUAUCUCAGUCGUCUCAACGGAGUGCUAGAUGGGAACCCUCACAAGCACCGGGCCUUGCUCACGCAGCUCUGCGACAUUCUCUCUCACGUCGACAGUGAGAAGUUAUAGGAGGGGCCAAUCAAGUCUUCCGCCACGAGUCAUUCCUGCACGAAGCACACAGAUUUAGAAUCGGCACCAUUUGAUCAUGUGGACAUCUCAGAAAAAAAGGACAGCCGUAUUCAUUUAAAAGUUUGCAUCACUUUUCUUCAGCAGUAUGUAAGUCAUUUAAAGUGUGCAGACAACAUUUCCGCUAUUAUCAUCUCUGUUUAUUUUCUGGACUUGAAUAUUGCCGACAAUGGGACUAUAAUUAAGUUUACAAAUAAUGCCACUUGGCAUGGGUGCAUGGGAUGAUGUGUACUCAGUGUUGUUUAGCUUUUAUGGGUGAAUACAAAUUCAAUGCUGAGCUGUAUGCAUUUUACUUGACAUGGAUAAUGGAAUUUUACUCUUUUAUCAUUUUAUAUUUGUGAGAGUGUAUUUGUGCUUUUAUUUCCCAAAUGCUGAUUGAACCAUGCUGAGAAUAUUUCCACUAGAAGGUAAAACCGAGCUUGUCCAUUUGUUUUUGUAAAAUUAUUUGAAACCACUAUUUACUCUGUUAAAAACAACAAACCCUAAAUGUGCUACUGAGACUCAGUUUAUGCUCCUUAUUAAAAUGACUGCCCUUUCUGUAGAUAGUGAUUAUAAUGCUAAGAAUUGAUUGGUAUUGAUUUAAGAAGUUCAUUGUUAUGGUCUUAGUCUGCUGUGGUGCUAAAGUCCACUGCAUCACACUAAGAGCUGUUUCUAAUACUGUACUUUGACCCCCUCAUUUACUUAAACCUGGUAUCUAAAAUAUUAAAAUCCCCUCUCUGCCUGCCAACUAACGUUAA